AUGGAGCAAAACUCAGUCCACGUGACCACACCUAUCACCAUGGAGAGAGAUCUGGAGGAGAUGCACUCCCUGAGCGUCAUCGGCAUCUACAAGGAGAGCUUCAAGCUCAUCUUCAACCUCCGCAAAAUCUUCGCCCAAAUAACCCUAACCCUAAUCCUCCCCCUCUCCCUCAUCUUCCUCUCCCAAAAACACAUCUCCGACCUCCUCUACCGAAAAAUCCACUACCUCCACAACCUCGGCUUGCCCGCCUACAUCGCCCUCCACCUCCUCUACUUCAUCCUCACCCUCCUCAUCUUCUCCCUCCCUUCCACCGCCGCCGUCAUCUACACCGUCUCCUCCCACUACGCCUCCCGAGACCUCUCCUUCUCGAAAAUCACGCGUGCAGUCCCCCGAGUCUGUUGGCCCCGUCUGGCCGUCGCGUUCGUAUGCGCCGUCCUCUCCUUGGCCGCCUACAACAUCCCCUUCGGAGCCUUUUACUUCAUGUUUUGGGGCGGCGUCACUUACUUGUUCGUUCUCAUGAUGCACACUAUCGGGUUGGUGCAGCUGAUUAUCGCGUGCCAGCUGGCGGGCGUGGUGUGUGUGCUGGAGGGGUGGAGGGGGUUCGGGGCUGUGGUUAAGGGGAACAGGCUGGCGAAAGGGAGGAUGAUGGAGUUGUGUUUUGUGCUUGUGGGGGUGGACGCGGUGAUUAUUGGGGUGAAUGUGGGGUUUAUGUUUUUUGUGAUGUGGGGGGGAAGCGGGCGCGUGGGGAUGGAGGUGGGGUUGGGAGCGGUGUGUGUUGUGGUGGUGACGGUGGCGAUUUUGGUUGGGAGUGUGGCGCAGACGGUGGCGUAUUUUGUGUGCAAGGCGGAUAAAGGGGAGAGCGUGGAUAGGGCGGUGCUGGCCUGGCACUUGGGGAAGUAUGAUGAUGAGGGAUCGUCGGCGGAGGCGGAGGCGGAUCCAAAGGAUGAUGUCCAGGUGGAGGAGGGAGAUCGUGUCUGA